AUGGGAUUUGACGGAACCAGAGUCGACCCCCAGAUCCGGUCACUGAUUGAAGACUACCAUCUCGGGUCGAUCAUUUUGACCGCCAAGAACCUGAAAUCUGCCGAAGAGACCACUAAACUAAUACUGGAAUUGCAAACCAUUGCAAAAGAUGCUGGUCACUCUGCUCCCCUCUUGAUCGGCCUGGAUCAGGAAAAUGGCGGCGUCAAUAGCCUUUUCGAUGAAACACAUAUUCGCCAGUUCCCAAGCGCGAUGGGCAUCGCCGCCACAGGGUCCAAGUCCCUAGCAAGGGAAGUUGCAAAAGCAACAGCGCAAGAGCUGAGUGCUGUCGGGGUCAACUGGAUUCUUGGCCCCGUCUUAGAUGUCCUCAAUAACGCAAAGACUCAGCCAUUAGGCUCCCGCAGCAUUGGAGACGAAGCCCAAGAAGUCUCAGCGUACGGAUCCGAGUUCAUCAAAGGGUAUCAUGAAGCAGGGUUAGCGACGUGCGGAAAGCACUUCCCAUCUUACGGAAAUCUAGAGGUGCUUGCGAAUCAAACUGACGUGCCAGUUAUCACGGAUUCAUUGGAGCAGCUCAGUGCGAGUGCUCUAGUUCCAUUCCGGAAUGCCAUUGAGCAAGGGUUGGACUCUAUGAUGGUUGGUGGUUGUGCGAUGUCGUCAGCAGGUGUGAACAUCAUGCAUGCCUGUCUAUCUGAAAAGGUGGUCGACGACUUACUGCGGAAAGACUUGAAAUUUGACGGGGUCGUUGUCUCUGAUUGCUUAGAGAUGGAAGCGCUGAGCUACAAUAUUGGAGUGGGAGGCGGGACUGUGAUGGCGGUGAAAGCUGGCUGCGAUCUAAUACUUCUUUGCCGGUCGUACCCAGUGCAACUGGAGGCAAUCGAUGGCUUAAAAUUAGGGGUUCAAAACGGCAUCAUUAGUGAGGAACGCAUACGUCAGUCCCUGCAGAGAGUCCUUGAUAUGAAGCACCAGUGCACGUCGUGGGAAAAGGCGUUGAACCCUCCGGGCAUCAGCCUGCUCUCCAAAAUGCAGCCAUCGCAUAUUAGCCUAUCAACCAAGGCAUACAACAACUCUAUCACCGUUGUAAGGGACAGAAGCGGCAUUUUACCACUCACGAAUACCAUUGAGCCAGACGAGGAGCUGCUCCUUCUCACACCCUUGGUGAAGCCACUUGCCGCUUCUGCUGUAUCCCAUGAAAAUAGCGAACCUACGGUUCUUUCCACAGACCCGGUCGCUUGGGAGCGAAAUGCGUCCUUGCUGAGCGGGGAGAAGGUUUUUCGCGAAUUCGGGCGCUCCCUGGCGCGACAAAAACGAGGGCGGGUUCUUCAUACAUCGUAUACGACGAACGGCGUGCGGCCAAUCCAUGAAAGCCUCAUCAAGCGAGCUGGCGGAGUCAUCAUCGUCACUGCGGACUCUAACCGGAACCUUUAUCAGUAUGGCUUCACAAAACAUGUGUCGAUGAUUUUCAACGCGCAGUUUACCGCCAACGGCGAAACCAGACCCAUGCCGCUAGUUGUGGUAGCCGUCAGCUCACCGUACGAUUUUGCCUCGGAUCAAUCCAUCGGGACGUAUGUCUGCACGUACGAUUUCACGGAAGCGGCACUGCAAGCGUUGGUCAAAGUCUUGUUUGGCGAUUUGAAGCCCACAGGCACGCUUCCGGGUACCUUGAGUCACAGUCAGAAGCCCGAUCAGUCCCGGCCGCACUGGCUUGUAGAGGGCUGGAAUGAAGAGCGGGACGCAAAGCCGCUGGAUGAGCUUCUAUGCAGCGUUCGGGACGAAAGCCCACGGCCGGAACUUGCGAACGUUACAUCCAAUACGUUCCUAUUACAAAGCUCGGAUGUUGAAGAAGCCCAUUUUGUAGUCAGAAACAGCAGUACGCACGCGCUGUACGGGUUCUGCUCGACCUACUUCUUCAAAUCCACGGGGACGGCAGUAAUUGGGGCAAUUCUAGUCGACCCUGCUAAACGGAGGCUGUCGAUUGGAAACUCGCUCCACAACCGAGCGGUUCGAUCUCUCAUGCAGCGGCAAGGCGCGAAAAGGUUUCAGUUGGGCUCGCGUUUGCCGGGGGUUUACCUGGGAAUACCGACGGGAAACGCGGUGGAGAGGAAAUGGCUGCGGCGAUGGUUUGCCUCGCUCGGGUGGAAUACGUCUCUGUCCCGGCCGGUGUGCACGAUGAUCAUCCGUAAUCUGGAAAAGUGGACUCCGCCGGAGGGCCUGACGGAAAGCCUGCGGAUCGCAGAGGUCAACUACGAGUUGGUCCACGGACGCGACUAUGCGGACUCGACGCUGGACCACGUCAAGACCAAUUCACGACAAGGGGUGUUGGACAUCUACAGGAUGGCGCUAAGUGGGCCGACGACGUGCGGGAUCAUUCGCGCCAAACGGGACGAGGACGGCGCGAUUCUGGGAAGCGUGGUGGUGUACAAUGGCGAGUCGACGCUGGCGGAUUUCGUUCCUGCAGUCAAGGAGACACGGGUGGUGGCUGGGGGCAUUUCGUCGGUAGUGAUCUCCCCCUUCGCGGGUGAAUACUCGACUUUAGUGCAGGGCCUGAUCCUGCUGGGAAUUAAGCAAAUACGGAGCCAAGGAGCCAGUGCGGCAGUUUUAGAUUGUGUAAGUGGUUGGAUUCCAUCUUUUUUGUCUCUUCUUUCCCCUCCCUCCCUCCCUUGCCCUUCUCUACCCUGGGGUGGACCGUGGAGGCUGUGA